CGUGGAUGAAUGCUGCAUUGUUUACACACGAUCGGCUGUACUGACCUGACUGACACAGCAGAACGAGCGGCCAUUUCAAUUUUUAUAUUCUCGAUACUCCCUGACCCGCGUACCCUGCGUUGGAGGCAACAAGGAUCCGCCAGCGUUCGUGGACAUGCUGCAUUAAUCAUAAUGGACGGAUUGUAAGAUCAAAACAGCGAAUGACUGAAUGACCUCUAAGAUGCUACAUUUGGCUAGAUGAUGCCUUUUGGCAAUAAUUUCAAACUGUGACGUAGAAGAGGAUGAUUUGAUGACAAUGUCUUCCGACACUGAUGGAUAUGAGCCAUCCGACUCUAGCACCAGGCCUAGAGUCAUCAGAACAAGACACCCAAGAUCCUCAUCCUCAGUGACAGAUGAGGUACAAGGUUUGACAUCCUCCUUAAGGAGCACAAAUCGGAAUUUGAAAGCUGUAGAUGGGAUGCUGGGCUAUUACCGAGACGACAACGAGAGACAGAGUGCUGCCAUUGAAAGGUUACGAGAUAACCUUGCCCGCUCCACCGAAAGCCUUCGACAGGAGCGAGCCAAACGUUUGUCCUCAGUGCACAGUAGUCCUGGAAGGAGCAGUCAGCCUCUCAGAGCUAGUGACUUGGAGGAGACACAAAGCCGACGAAGAUACAGACCUACAUCACCUCUCGAUGAUUAUACUAUUACAAGAGGAAUGAGACGGUCGAGGGGAAGGCACCUGAGGAGGCCAUCAGUGAGAUUCCAUGAUGAGUUGGACGAGAUUCAUGAUAUUCACGAGACGGUGAGAGAUUUGAGUGACAGUCAUCUUCGCAUGGAGGAGGAUCUUGAUCAGGAGAUUCAGCUCAGGAAUCAAGCUCACAUUGACAAUCAGAGAACGCUACGAGAGCUCUCAGACAGUCUCAGACAAUCACAGCAAAAAGAGGAGGAAGAAAAGUCCUCUGAGCGAGUUGAUAAGAAGUUGCAGGCAAUCCAAGAGGAAUUACGACAGCACAGGAUACAUCAAGAGGCUCAGGAAAAGAAAAAGAAGGAAAAUGGCCAGCUAUCAGCUGAACUGAAGCAGGCAUUAGAAGCUCAGUCGAAGAAGGAAGAGAAAGAGACGAGAGAGCGACUCUUGAAGGCAGAGACAGAGAAGCAGCAACUGGCCAUGCAGCUAGAGACAGCAAAGCGCAAAUUGGAACGAUCGCAAGGUGUCAAGGCGGCUAUGCAAGACCAGAUUGAGGACUAUAAGCAUCGCUUGAGACUCACCGACCAUGAACGCUCAGUCAUGCAGGAUAGACUGUCAGACUUACAAGAAUCCAUAGAGCAAGAAGGGCUGCCACUUAACAGGGCGGACAGAAUACAUCAAAGAUUGCAAGAAACAGUGGCAAAGGAAGAGAAAGACAGACAGCGCCUUGAGGAAGAGAUUGACAGAUUGAAAGUACAGCUGAGUCAGUCUCAGUCCAUGAAAGACAAUGAGAAAUAUCAACGGGAAUUACAACGAAGUGAAAAACAACGUGACCAGUUAUCACAGCACUUGGAGAGUGUCACCAAGGAGUUGGAGAACAAGGAAACACAUGCUGCAAAGCUGGUUGCCCAACUACAGGAUACCAGCGACAAUCUUAAGGCGACUCAGGAGCAUGAGAAGGUUGCCAUGGCUCGGCUGAAGGAGCUUGAGAAGAGACUAGCUGACGGCGACAGGAAAUCAGAGCGGCAGGAGGAGAGGCUAGCAGAGCUGCAGAGGAUGCUGGAGGAAUCUCAGUACAAGAAAGACGAUAUCAGGACCAAGGCCAGGGAGAAAAUAAGACAGUGGAAGUUGAAGUGUGCUAAGCUGCAGAGAGACGGGGACACUCUGAAGCAUCGAUUGUCGCAGGCCAUGGAUCGCAACCAACACUUAGUGACAGAUAACCAGUCUCAUCGGACACAAAAUGGUGCCUCUACACAUCAUGUGGACAGCAUGCAGAGAGAAAUCAACGAUAUUCUGGAGAAACGGGCCCACCAAGAUGAACAGUUACGUCUCAAAGAUAUUGAGGUCAAUGAAUUGAAGUCUUUGCGCAAGGACUUGGAGCUAGAACUCAGGGAUACGCGGAACUUCAUGGACAAGUUGGAUAAUGAACUGAGAGCCCACCAGGUCAGGUACAACAUUUUAGCAGAUGAAAAACUGAGACUGGAAGAGGAUUUGAAUUCUUUCAAGACCAAAAAUCAGCUGGCGGAGGACCACAUCCAUAAACUCCAGAGUGAAUGGCACAAGGUCAAUGUAGAGCAAUCGGAGCUGUCGGCUCAGCUAGCGGAGGAGUCUGGCGGUCGGCGAGUAGCAGAGGCUCACAUUAGGCAACUUACGCAAGACGCCAAGACAGCCAAGGAAGAUACAGAGCGACUCACCCAGCAACUGAAACAGGAAAAACAAAACUAUGGGAUGCUUGUUGAGGAGUUGCAGAAAGAAAAUGAAGCCAAAAAGAGUCAGGGAGAACGGAUGAUGAUGGACCGCUCCAAUCGCCUCAAGCGUGAGCGAGCCGAGAUGGAUGCGGAACUGCAGACCCUCAAGCUCGAAAUUGCUGACGGCCAGUCUCAGUUGAAGACAUUGCGACGGCAGCUGGAAGAAAGCCUCACGGACGCGGAGAAAGCCAAGACUGAGUUGGCCAGCGCAGAGGAAGAGAAUGGAAGACUCCAUCGGAAGUACGAACGCGCAAAGGCUGGUUAUCAGGAGCAGGCCCAACUCGCUGAAGUGGAAAACAAGCGGGCAACCCAUCUGGAGAGACGUCUGAAAGGACUCUCCACCCAGGUAACGGAGCAGGAUUUGGAGAUUGAGAGCAUUCUGCAAGCAAUUAAUCAGCAGGUUGAUUGCCUUGUUGUGGCUUGUGCAGGACAAGAUGAGAUACACAAAGUCGUCUCAUCACCGACUAGAGAUACCAAGCAUAGACCGCAGCACUGGCUGGCGGAAAUCAAGAGUAAACUGCAGUGGCUUCAGGAGGAAAUGAGCAGAAAGCUCGCCCAUCAGAGAAAACUGAAGAAAGAUCUGGAGCGCAGCCGAAACGACGCGGACGAUGUGGCAAGAUAUGGCGAGCUUCAAAACAGGCUGCUGCAAUCUGAGAUCAGCAAACAGAGUGACCUGCUGCAUGAACUCAAGCAAAAUAAUCAAGAUUUGAUGGAAAGCAAGAUGCAAAAGGACGUAGCAGUGAUGUCGUUAGAGAAGCAGGUGGAUCAACUGGAGCAUCAUAUUGAGACGAAUGUCAGAAGCCUACGUCGGAGCCUUGAACUCAUUCCUGAGCCGGCCACCCCACCGAGAGACUCGCCCGCACAGGACUAUAAAAAACUCAAGGAUCUGCAGGAGGAACGUGACCGAAUUAACGACAGAUACAAUAGGUACAAAGGCACCGUCACCCUGUUACAGCAACAGUUGGAGGAAGCCAAGCAGUCUGCUGUAUUCCAAUCGCCAGGGAAAAGUCCACUUGUACACAGCUACAAAGCCAAUCGAAUGUCUCCGCCAAUUUCUAGUCUGUCCUCGAGGAAGAGAAGUCCAGAGAUGGACAUAAAGGAUAGAAAACCAACUAGAGAAUACACAAAUCGGACGCCUAAGAGCUUAUCUCCACCCAGAAAAAGAGUGCAUCAUGCCAAAUUGUCUCCAGCCGAUGACGCAUUUUUGUCUCUGCGGGCGAGGGACCUGUGAGCCUACAAAUACCAAGCCGGAGGAUUGCUUGUCUGGUUGACUGCAUUACUCAUCUAUGGAUGCUGUAUGGAUGGGAAGAUUAUUGGUAUAAACUAUGGCGGAGUGUACUUUAUCCGGUACUUGAAAAAAAGUACUUUGUGUUUAGUGGGUGAGUGGCUGAAGAAUGAUGCAAGGCGAAGACCAGAAGUCAUAACUACAAUAGUCAUAUCCACAAUAUUGCAUAAGCUGGACAUGGAUGGUACUGGAAAAGAAAACUUCCAGCACCGGUAGUUGAAAAGAGUACUUGGUAUCUUCAAUGGAUCCGUGUAUCAGGCAGCGAAGAUACAGUUAACUACAAGCAGGCACAUCCACUGUUCUAUGUCUGCAAAAAUCAGCACAUUGUACACUGUAAUAAAAAUCACAAGUACAAUAAUGUAUGUCAGAAAAAGUCAUAUGCAGCAUGAUAUGUGAUAGAGGGACCCCCCCCCCCCUCUUUUGUGUUGGUCAUUGUGUUACCAGAAUCUCAGGAAUUCUUUUGAGGUAUCUAGGGGGGAUGUGUUAGGUAACAAUAGUCUAGGGUGUUAUAGAGUAUAGGGAGAUACCUCUCUGUCACAUAUCAUGCCGGGUAUAAAAAAAAUGUACUAUUGUCUCUAUUGGAUCAGUGGAUAGCUUGAAUGUAGAGAUCAUUUUGAGUUAUGCAUCAGUGAAUCAUCUGCCGGAUCCAACUUUCAUUUACACUUCAAAGAUCAUUGUAUUUGAAUGGAGGUAUCGUAGCAAAGCAAACCAAAUAAGCAUGAAAGGAGUGUUGGAAAGGUUUGAGAAUUUGGCAGUUUUCAAAAUCCGAAACUGACUGUCAAAGUACACACUUCCCCAAAAUAUUUAAGAUUUUACAGUUCUUUGAGGGAUGAAUGUAAAAAAAAGUAGGCUCAAGUUAGUGCAGACGUUUUGUCAUGUCAAAAGUGUGAUAAAGACCGAAGUUUUUAAUUUAUUUUUAGUUCAGUGUUGCCGUUGUCUUCUGCCUAAUGACUUCUUGCAGUGGUCUAGUAUUGCAGUGUAAUAUAGUUACCUUUCGAAGUACAGGUAUUUGUUGGGCAUUCUUUUGUAUAAUUUAUUAUACUUUCAGCAGCUACAAAACUUUUGGUGUGAUUUUCACAGCUCUCUUCAAAAUCGAACCCGAGGGUGAACAUUGUAUCGCUGGGCUUCUAAAACCGUGAUUUAUAUUCCCGUAAGACACCUUCAAAUAUCUAUUCAAACAUGUACAGAAAAAGAUUGGUAUUUUUACAGUAUAACGUUAUUGUUAUUCUAGAAUGUGGACGCGAUUUUAGCACCCCUUGAUGAAAGUCUCAUCAAAAAUAAAACCCAACCCCUUUUGUUUUGAUUGUCAAAUCCGCAUGCAGGUGUUCGUGGCGAGAUUGCCCAGUAACGAAUAAGGGUUUAACAAAAUCUAGCGCUACCUUUUCAUUUUAUGAUUUCUGAAAAGUAAAUAUUUUGAGCAGAAGCCGUUUGCAAGGAUGGCAUGUCAGGAUCGUAUGUCCCCGGAUAUGUUUGCGUGAGUGAAUUUGGUUAUUUACUCGAUGAUGUAUUAUGUCGGUAAUCGCUCAGUGAUGAUGCUAUGUUGAAGGGGAAGGCGUCAUUUAUUUCAACUGCAGGGAAACUUGAGUUACGCAAAGAUUCGGUAGUGUUGGGAAUGAAGACACGAAAAUCGAUUGGAAGGUUGCGAGAUCGUGAUUUCACCGGAACAGUUUGGGGAAAUAUGGUCUAAAUGCAAAACAGCUGUGUUUGGAAUAUAGAGAGUAAUUUAUAUUAUAAAUUGGUGAAUGAUGACACUUGAGGAACAGUGGACAGAUCUAUAGCUGUGAUUUUAGGCACGUUCUUAGGCUGUAUUUAUGAGCAAAUUAAUCGAUAUGAAUAGGAAGUAAGGCCGGAAGUGAACAAUGGAAAUCGGUUCAAAUUUUGACAAGCGUUUGUAUUUGCUUGCAAUCGGGGACUCCCUAUUUGUCCCUCUUUUGUUUUUACUCUAACUUUUUAGGAAGAACUCUCAUAUAGGAAGACCUCGCCAAAUUGGGGACCUUCGAGAAUUGGGGACCCUAUUGUCCUCUAUUAAUCAACGUCCACUAUUGCAUGCAGAAACAAACUCUUCAUUUCUUGUCUGUGUCUCUUCUUGGCAGAGGAACGCUGUCUCCAGGUGAAAAACGAGUCUACUUAUUAUUAGACUACUGUCAAUUCUUUUGGGGGGAAAAAGAGAGAAAACAAACGAAACAUAAUUCUGUGUCAAUAAAGACGGAAAGAGUCUAGCCAGUUUGGCAGGCUACUUGAAUGCACGCUGAAGACAAGAACCAAAUGAUCGCAUUUCGACCAGGCAGAGAUUUGAAACGGAGAUUAUUGAGGAGUUGAUAAAUGAAACACACCCCGCUGCUUCUGCAGAGGCACCACGCUGUUUGGAUUGCUGCUCCACCGCGUCAGUUGGCGGCAAUGAAACAAACCAUAGACUGAGAAGAUGUGCGUAAUUGAAUGCGUGUAGGUACACCCGCUUGCUUUAAAGGCAUAUCUUUUUUGCAGUUAUCUCAACAGUAACCUACCGAAUUAUUAUCAAAAAGCUUACUCGGAUUAAAGCUCGUGCUGGUACUGAACACCACGUGAAAUUACUGUCUGGCUUGCUGUCAUUUAGAAGAAGUCAAGGUAAAUCAGGUGAUUUUUUUUACGGUCAGUCAAUUAACCGAUUUGUGGAAAUUAAGAGUGCUACGGACGAAUCGUGUUUCGUGUUCAAAAUGUUGUGCAUGAUGGGUUUUUCACUUUUUUUCUCGUAAAGUGUAGUAUCCACUGAGCUGAAACUUCAACGGGCUAGGUUUUGAACAUUCUUAAGUUCUUUGGAUUUUGAGUGGUGUUAUUAUUGGAAACAAACAAAAUUCAUGAAAAGCAAAUGAUCUUAUAUUAUAUGUCUUUACACCAGACGAGAAAGAUAUCAAAGAAUAAUGCGCCAGUUGUCAGACGCACCUCUGCUCAGACUUGGUGCCAGAUUUGUCAUUUUCCCUCGCACAUUGCCUUUGCCUUGGCGUUGAUACAGCGCAGUCGUGACGUCAGCACCCCUUCAUGUAACACACACGCUCAAUAGCAUCCCGACGUUAUACCAGCUGCCCAUUUGGAUAUUAUUCUAAAGGUGUUACGUUAUUGGAAGUGUCUCUCAUUCGCAGUACCAUUUCUGUUGAUUGUGCGACGGUAGCACAGUAUUAAAUAAUUCCACAGUUUCAUAUCUGUAUAAAAUUUGAAACGAAGUGUAUUUAUAAAUUUUUGCAUUGAUUAACUGAUUUUUUUAUUUGUAAAAAAAAUGGAAUUUCCGACUUCUUUUUUUUAAAUGAAUUCAUUUUGUAAAAAUGAUAUUGACUGUUCUGUUAGCAUCUGAAACUGCAGUUUAACUUUGAACUUAUAGAUUUAGUACCAUCACAUAAAAAAUAUGGUUAGAUGUACGCACAACGUCUUUUUAACGCGUGAUAUCUGAUAAAUUAUCGUUAGUACUUGCUUACAUCUAUAUCGAAGGUCUUCCUUUUCAACAAUAUACUGCUGGUGAAAAUGUCGAUUUUCUCAUUUUUAUCUGUAAAGAAAAUGAUAGAAACAAUUUUUUAAAUUAGAUUUUUAUGACGUGUUGUUUUCCAUUAGCAAUUUUUAAAUAUUUUGGACAAUCUGUGUUUUUUUUGUACAUAUUAUUUUGUUCUCUGUGAACACUUAAAUUAAAUUAUUUGUAGCUUUGGCCUCUGUCAUUAACCAUUCCUGCCAUGCCAUGUAGGUUAUACUGAUGUAGGUAAUAAUGUGCAUGGGUUCCGUGUGCUUUGGAAGAUUCAAGCAAUAAACAUUGGAUCGUGUCCAAGGGCUCUUCAGAA